GGCUCUAGUGGCAAGAUAGACAGAUAGAGAGAGACCGUAGGAGAGAGUUCUUACAAAUCCUACAAGUACAAAGCUUUGCCCCCUGAAACAAAUCUUUGGCUCUCUCUCUCUCUGGGUAUCUGUUAGAAAACAGAUGAUGUUCCAUGUCUUCUCUGUCUGCUUCAUGCAACAUGUUGGUUUGGAUUUGGUUACAAAACAUUUAAUCUAGAGUUUAGGAUAAGAGAAGAAGAGAAAAAAAAAAAGAGUAAAACAAUGGCGAAUCCUUGGUGGGUAGAGAGUCCAGUGACGUCAUCAGCUCCUUCUUUGCACCACAGGAGCAAUAACCCUACCAUGACCCUGUCGGAUCCAAGAUUGGACCAUGACUUCGCCAACAACAGUGGAAGCCCUAACACUCAGACUCAGAACAGCCAAGAGGAACAGACUAGCCGCGACGAGCUACCCGCGGUGGAGCCCGGAUCCGGAUCCGGGUCUACGGGUCGACGUCCGAGAGGCAGACCUCCCGGUUCCAAGAACAAGCCCAAGAACCCAGUGGUCGUCACCAAAGAAAGCCCUAACUCGCUGCAAAGCCAUGUCCUGGAGAUAGCCGCGGGUGCUGACGUGGCGGAAAGCCUAAACGCGUUCGCUCGUAGACGCGGGAGAGGCGUCUCUGUUCUGAGCGGGAGCGGUUUGGUCACUAAUGUUACUCUGCGUCAGCCUAGUGCGUCUGGAGGAGUUGUGUCUCUUCGUGGUCAGUUUGAGAUCUUGUCUAUGUGCGGUGCGUUUCUUCCGACUUCCGGUUCUCCCGCUACAGCCGCUGGUUUGACCAUUUACUUAGCUGGAGCUCAGGGUCAAGUCGUGGGGGGUGGAGUAGCUGGACCGCUUAUUGCAUCUGGACCGGUUAUUGUAAUCGCUGCUACGUUUUGUAAUGCUACUUUCGAGAGGUUACCGAUUGAAGAUGAGCAGCAAGGAGAGCAGCAGCAACCACAAGUAGAAGAAGCUAAGAAGGAGACUGAUGAUAAUGAGAGUGGGAAUGAUGGAAACGAUGGGUCGAUGCAAGCGCAGCAGAUGUAUAGUAUGGGUCCUAGUUUUGUGCCAAAUGGUCAUCAAAUGGGUCAGCAAGACGUGUUUUGGGGUCCUCCUCCGCCUCGUGGUCCUCCUUCGUAUUGAUAGUUAGAUAGGCGGUGGUUGGCUGGACGUGGUUCUUUUAACUGGAAUGGAAUGAUUAUAUGGUUAGGCUUUUGUUUAUUAAGCUCUUAAAUUUUUCCUCUUGUGCGGGUAAUGACAUUUAGCUAGUGUUUGUUUGUGUUUGUGGCGGUGAUUACUGGUUUUUUGUGACUAGUUAUUUUGAUCGGCGGAUAGCUUUUUAUGGAUGUUAAAUUGAUGGUAGAAUCGCAUUUGAGCUUUGAUGUGUUUCUUCUUUCAUUAAGAUGUGGAAAAAACUGAGCAUUUGUUUUGAAGAUAAAUGGUUUAUGGC